AUGUUAAAAUCGUUCACUUCCAACUCCCUCAAGCAGGGACAGCGGGUUUCCAGCAAGGCGCUUCAGCACCAGCCGGCUCCGCAAACAAGAUUGUUGAACAGUCUGGUUGAGCAACAAAGCUCAGGACAGCCGUUCAACACCAAGAAAUACAACAAUCAGGGGAGGUUUUCCCGUCAACAGUUGAAUCGAGGCAACCAUCCGGUUUCUGCUCACGAACUGGCCAACAGUAACUGGCGGCAAUUUACCCCCGAUGACGCAAACGUCCAUCGGGAUUUGACAGCUUUUGAUCAGUGCCUACAACAAAAUUCCACAUAUGAUCUGGCCACCGGCCGGGUGAGUGGCGGGGCUGACGAUUUCUGGGCCGCAGUGAGGAAAAUCAUCCCACUGUACCGUUCUUUGGUUCACACGGGCGCCCUGGAUGAAAAGAGAAUGGGCGAUUUUGUCUCCCUUCUCCGCAACGGGCUUCGAAUUCACAGACUGGAAUUAUCCAAGCUCAACAAAAAUUUGGAUAAAGACUCGACGAAUCCGAUCAAGAACAUCCAUUAUCUUCUUACAUGUGCUAUUAGAGAGGUUUCUUACAACCUAUUAGACGGCUCUGUUACUCUGAAUGCUCAUGGUCUGACUCAUCUGUUCAAGGCGUACAAGGAUCUUGGGUUCACUUUCGAGGCUGUUCACAUUUGGGAGGCCGGCAAGAAUAACCCAAAGUUGAACCAGCUGUUUACAUCGGAGCCAGUUCUUGGCUCCAUCUUCCCGUUUUUAGUCGAAAGCGGGGACUUUGAUUUCCAAGAAGUUUGGAACAUGUAUGAAAAAAUCAAGGCGGGUAAAAGUCACCAUGAGAAACUUCAUAACGAGUUGCAAGUUGGAAUGAUCAGAGUUUGUCUUUUCAAGGGACACACUCAAGAUGCUUUGAGUAUUUUCCAACAGCUGAGCUCGGACGUUUACUCCAGAUUCAUCUCCAAAGGUAUUGAGCCACCAAUCAACGUGAAAAGCUAUAUGACCAUGGCACACUUGUCUUUCAUUGGCUUCAGUAAGGACAUCGGAACAGCUGAUGUCUUCUUCAAAGACGCUGUCAACGAGAGCAUGCCGUACUUGACUCCGUUGCAAUUGAACUUUGUCAAGAAAUAUCUUGCAAACACAUGGGAAAUCACGCAGGAUUUUGAGAAAACCAAGCAAAUCUGGCUCACCACUUGGAAAGACUACGAAACAAAGCGCACUUCGAACUCUUCUGUGUCGUCGUCUUUGAACGACUCGUUCUUGUCUAUUUUCUUUGCCAAAUAUCCAAACUACACGGAUUCUGCAUUCCAGGAGCUCCAACAGCUUGUGAAUGACUACAGCUCGAUCCGGACGAUUGAUGAGCCAUUUGUGAACGUGUUGUUGUCCAAGAGCACUGUCUGGCACAACGCCAAGAUCUUGGAGUAUAUUUUCACUACUGCACAUAACAACAGCUUCCCCAAGACCAAUGUUUUCUACCGGUGCUGUUUGAAAGCAUGCGGUUCGGUGGAUAUCGACUCGAACCAGAUAUUAAUAUUAUUCAGACAACUGUUGAAGUUGAAUGGAUCCACGGGAAUGAAAUACAUUGCGCAUGCUGACUGGAUAGCCUUGAGAGAUGCCACGGUCAAUUCUCAGCAGCUGUAUACGUUCAGCGACCCGAACUCGCGGAUUGACGUCUACUUCAAGCUGUGGAAGAUGUGUGCUCCAUACUUUAUUUCGUUGGCCAAUUUCAAGAACUACAUCUACAAGGACAUUCGGCUGAAUUACAACUAUUCGCAGAUAUUCCAGCAGAUGCCAAACAUCAAGACUGAUAUCAACGUUCCCGAAAUCACUCUGUUCAACAGAAACGUUUCGAUCGACAAUUAUAUAGGAUAUUCUUAUUAG